GUUACAGAUCAUGUACGAGAGUUCACCUGCGGGAAGUUAUAUUACCGUACGUUUUAUUUGGAUAGCCAACGUGAUUCGCUCUACGUGGGAGCAAUGGAUCGCGUCUUUCGUCUAAAUUUGAGCAACAUCAACCAGUCGAGCUGCGAGAGAGACGCUUUAAUCUUGGAACCGAGUCAUGUGGCGAACUGCGUUUCCAAAGGAAAAUCUGAGCACUUCGACUGCCGCAACCACAUUCGUGUCAUCCAACCCGUCGGCGACGGCACCAGACUGUACCUCUGCGGAACAAACGCCCACAACCCCAAAGAUUGGGUCGUUCACUCGAACCUAACGCAUCUGGGCCGAAACACUUUCGUUCCGGGAAUUGGAAUGGGAAUAGCAAAGUGUCCAUACGAUCCUGCCGAUAACUCGACCGCGGUAUGGGUGGAAAAGGGAAAUCCUGGCGAUCUUCCCGGGUUGUAUUCUGGUACGAAUGCCGAAUUUACGAAGGCGGACACGGUCAUCUUCAGGACGGAUCUGCAUAACCUGACGACCGGCAGAAGAGAGUACAGCUUUAAACGGACCUUGAAGUACGACUCAAAGUGGCUGGAUAGUAAGUGA